CCGAUAGGCGGUCAGAGAGUUCGUGUGCGGCGCACUGCGAAGUUACAACCGGAUAGUAGAAGGUGUAAUCUAGAAAUACAUAUUAUUUCUCCCUAAUGCUGGGCCAAAAUCGGGCACCUAAAAAUGUUAUGUGAAACCGUAAAUGGGGAGCAAAAUUUAAAUUAAUCUGCAUUCGAAUCGGAUUGAACGGUAAAACGAAGGAACAAUAAAACGUAACCCAAAUUCAAUACUCAAGUGGAGGAAAAAUUAGCCGCGUUUGUGUCUGUGUAUGUGUAGUUUACGCUCGUGUAUGUGUGAAUUUUUCAUGCGCAAUUUGGGUUACAAAGCAAACAGACUAGCGAAAAGCGAAAAACGAAAACCGAAAACUGAAAAACGGGUAUUAAAAUGCAUUAAAACACGUUCGACUGGGAAGGUCCUCAUUGAUUUUCCUACGCACAGAAGUAUGCAACACAAAGCAAAGUAAUCGGGGAGGCGAUGGCAUGGACUGCGAGUGCAAAUGAGGUUGGAAACUCUCUGGCUGCAUUGGGAGCGUAAGUGCCCCAGCAACAGCAACAACAACAAAGACAAGAACAAGAGAGGGAAUAGAGACAGGGAAAUCGGCAUUGAGCAACAAAGGACAAUCAGGAUGUGGACGGCGGCUGGGAUAUCGGCGCCAUGUAGCUGCUAACCAAGGCGACGACCUUCCAGAAACAGCUGCAACAGCAUAUAAAGAAGUGCAACCACAGAAAAAGGAGUGGAGUGACGACGAAGACCUGAAAGAGGACUCCCUCUCUCUCUCUCUCUUUCUCUCUCCCUCUCUCUCUCUUGGGGAGCUUCGUUCAUAUUGCAGGCGCAUUGCCAAGCUGCGGGCACCUUGCCAAACUGGCUCCCGUUCUGCCUAGUAGUGGCAUGGCCGGCCUCGUGAGCGGCGGUGGCAUCAGCGGCGGAGGAAGCGGUGCCAGCACGGGCGGCAGCUACAAGCACCAGAACCACAACCAGAGCCAGCACCAGCACCAGCACCAACAUCAACAUCAUCUCAUUUCGCCCACCCAUACGUCGUUGAGCCACGCGCAUACCCUCACCCACACGCUGCCCGCUGGCAUAUGCAGCAGUGACAGCGGCAUCUCGACACUAAGUGCCAUCUCGCCGCCCCUCUCGGCGGGCAAUUCCGUCUGCAGCACGACGGCGGCCGGCGGCAACACGGCCGGCGGCAGUCCUCAGCUGCGCACCUCGCCGGCCCUCAGCAUGCUGGGCAGCGGCACGGCAACGGCGAGCGGCAAGGCGCAGACUCAGACGCAAACGCUGAGCCCGGCGGGCAGCGGCUCCCCGAACUAUCUGAGUACGAUGAAGCUGCUGGGUCCAGCUGCCAGCAUUGACCUGGGCAGUUCGCCGCUCUCGCAUCGCAAUUACAGCAACUCGCUGAAGGGCUUUAGUUUCAGACGCAGCUUCGAUGACAAGAUCAUCGCUCCGCCCUUCUUGUCCCACGCCCACGGCCUGGGAUUUGGCGGCGCGAAUGCACCAACAGCUGCGCCCACGCCCGUGCCCAUACCCUACCCACAGUUCCAUCCGACGGCGCAUCAUCAUGUGAAUAUGGCUGCGCCGGUGGGGACGAGCGCCCAUCAUUUGCACUUGCAUCACCAUGGCACAGGAACGGCGCAUCAGCCGCUGUCGCUGGGCACGCUGACGUCUUCGCAGUCGACCACGAAGCUCUCCUAUCGGGACGACUUUCUUCAGCAGAUUGGCUACCUGCCAACAACACGCAUCUACAGCACCCCGACGAGCAUCGUUGACGAGGACAAGGCCCAGCAGGACUUCCUCUCUCUAUCACUCUCACCGCCCCUCAACCGGCGGCGCGACAUGCCGGCCCUCCGAGGUCCUUUCGUCAGCCUGUCGGAGCCCCGCGGCACGCUGAGCACCACUGAUGAAAUUUACCCAGACUCGCCAGAUAGUAGUCUCUACGGCUCCGACGAAGAGCAGGAGGAUGCCUCGCAGUACUGCCGUGGUGGCUACCAUCCGGUCGUCAUUGGCGACAUAUUCGACAAUCGGUUUCGGGUUGUGCGCAAGCUGGGCUGGGGUCACUUCUCCACGGUGUGGCUAUGCAGAGAUCUAAAAGACGAGAAGUAUGUUGCUCUUAAGGUGGUCAAGAGUGCUCCCCAUUACAUAGAGACUGCAGCGGACGAGAUCCGACUGCUGGAGGCUAUCCGCGAUGCAGAUCCGCUCGAUGUGAAGAGAGAGCGGAUCGUCCGGCUUCUGAAUCACUUCACGGUGCGCGGCGUGAAUGGCGUGCAUACCUGCCUGGUGUUCGAGGCGCUCGGCUGCAGCUUGUACAAGCUGAUCGUGAAGAACAACUACCAGGGACUGGCCAUCGCACAGGUGCGCAAUAUCAUCAAGCAGGUGCUGGAGGGACUGGACUACUUGCACAGCAAGUGCAGCAUUAUUCACACAGACAUUAAGCCCGAGAACAUUUUACUUGUGAUUGACAAUGCGGCGGCCAUGAAUCAGCAGAUCGAUGACGAAAUCAACAGUCUCCGCGUGAAAGGCGUCGACUUUCCAGAUUCGUACAUCAGCUCGAUCGAGAAGCAGACGAAGACGAGGGCCAGGUGGCCGCUAAUCGAGCCGAAUGGCUCGACGACCACGAGCAACAGCACGGCGAACAACUCGACUUCAUCGACGCCGCUGGCUGCAGUGGUCAUGUCCUCGCUGGACAAGGACGACACCACCACCUCGUCGACGCUCAACUCCAACACCACAUCCUCGCUGGCCUCCAAGUACUCAAGCCUCCUGGGCGACAGCGAGUGCAACGGCGUUGGCUUGGUCAGCGUGUGCGGCGUCGAUAGCCCCACAAUCGGAGGCCCUACGAAUUUAAGCAAUCGUUAUCGUGCUGAGAAGAAAAUCACUGCCAAGUCUUCUAUUGACCACGAUGAGGACACAGACACCGAUACCCUCGGUGACAAUAGCACCAUUGCCAGCGACACGCCUACCGACCAAGACGUUAGUCUUAGCAAGAAUAUCGUUACCGUUCACUCAGACAAGAACCAGAGCCAGACCCAGAGCCAAUCCUAUACGCACACGAUACAGUCGCUGAUCAACAACAGCAAUGUGAGGGUGAAGAUUGCCGAUCUGGGCAAUGCCUGCUAUGACUACCACCAUUUCACUGAGGACAUACAGACGCGCCAGUACCGCUCUAUCGAGGUGCUGCUAGGUGCGCCGUAUAAUUACACCGCUGAUAUUUGGAGCACCGCAUGCCUGGCCUUCGAGCUGGCCACUGGCGAUUACCUCUUCGAUCCACAUGCGGGUGAGUCUUACAGUCGGGACGAGGAUCAUCUGGCGCACAUUGUGGAACUGUUGGGAUCGAUACCGCAGUCGGUGAUCCUGCGUGGAAAACAUGGGCUCAAGUACUUUACGAGCUAUGGCAGCCUACGGAACAUUACGAAGCUGAAGCCCUGGAGUCUACUGAAUGUGCUCGUGGAGAAGUAUGACUGGGAUCCCGUAGAGGCAAAGAAGUUCUCCGACUUCUUGCUGCCUAUGCUCGAAUACAAUCCAGUCAUACGCGCAUCAGCGGCGGAGUGCUUGCAGCACCCUUGGUUGGAGCAGGAAGAGUUCGUCUAGGUGAAUAAAGGGGCAAGCAGCAAGCGGAAAGAUGCAAGGAUCUGGGAUCAAACAUCACUGAACAGCGGACAGAACAUACAUAUUUUAAUCUCGAACUCAUAUUUGUAGGAUUUUAUAUGCGAACAAGAUUGUCAUAGUGGAAUUAAUAUUACGAAAUAUAUAAAUAGAUAUACAAAUAUGCUAAAUUAGCGUUUAAGCGUGAGGGCAAAACACAAAAAGAUACCAUUUCAGAGCGUAGGGCAAAGAGUUUUCGAAACUUUUUUAAAUUAACACAAUUUUGUACUCGAGAGCUUUAAAAGAAAAAAAAAACUUUUUGCAA